CGACUGUAUCACACCUCCGCCGCCCUUCGACUCCCAUACAAAGACUCCCAAGACCGCCAAUCUCUCAAGCCUCAAUCCAACAAUGGCACGAGAUCAGGCCGAGAUGACGAUGUUGCGGCGCAAAAGGACGCUGCUUUUGACCCGUCCAAGACGAAGCCGACUCCGGAGUCGGAAAUGGAGACAGCGGGCCGCGGCAAUGAGACGAACCCUUUGAAUGCAAGCGGCGCGAAUCAAGAGUUUAACAAGCCGAUGGGAGAGGGAAAGCAGGCGCAUGAUACGGGCCCGGGUAAGGAGACGAGGAAGGGGGGGAGGAGUGGU